GGGCAAAAGUUGACUUAUCGUAAAACUAUUAAUUUAGGAAUGUAUUAACUGUUAAUACAAGUUAACAAAUCAAAUGGCACUUAAAAUAUUAUGGUCAGUAAACCUCAAAAGGGAUUAUCGGUAAUGUCGAACACGACGUCAAAAUGGUACGAGAGUCCCGAGGACUCUUCGAGGGCUGGACAAUUACAAUUCUUGUAACAUGUAACGUCUGUCUCUGUACGGAGAGAUUCAAUCUGUGCUGAAACGUAUCGGAUGGUCUUUUUACGGAAAAAAGUGCCAUCUAUUCGAUACAGAUAGGAUUAAGCAAUCGUUUUCUUUUACAUUCGAUAACCAAGUUUUAAAGUCGUUUGUUGAGAAUUCGAUUGACGGUUUAAUAUUGUAUUUUGUUUAAAGUUCAUUAUGAAAUUAUACUUCUAAUACGCUUUCAAAUAGUAUUUGCAUUAUAAUACCAACUGAUUGCUUAAAUUUAUAAUUCUAAUUAAACGUUUGUUUGAAAUCGUUCAAAUCACAAGUGCGAAUCGUCUCGUGCUAAGUUAGCACACCUAACAGACAGUUUUUGAGUUGUGCUUGUUGAGUCUCUAGUAAAAAGUGUUUGUAAUUCUUGCUCAUUGUACAAUAUCCAGUAUCAUUCUUGCUUAUCCCAUUUCGUUAUCUUGUACAAAUUUACGAAUGUUUUGUAUUCGCAAAUUUAGAAAAGCACUACGUAUAAUUAUUCGUCUGGAAACGAGGUAACCAUAUUUUCGGUUGAAUUGCUUAUUAAUCGUUUAAGAAACGGCAGAAUAGUAACGGGUAACAACAACGUUUUCAGUUAUUUUCACAUACGGUGAAAGUUAUUUUAAAAGAUACGUGCAAAACCGAAAAAAUUAUGGCCACCUGGGAUGGUUCGUAUUCUGAACCAGAUGAUCAGCAUUAUUAUUUGUACUCUGAUCAAAAUGUUCCUGCUUCCACAACAGGAAGCUGGACGUUUUUUCCUAAUAAUGUAAAUAGUGAUUAUAGAAGAGAAAAUCAUGAAUUUUAUGUACAAAAUGAUUCUAUGUACCAACAAAAUUGUCCGAAUACUUUGUAUCAUUCAAAUGCAAAUGUUAUGCCCACUGUCUUGUCUACAAGUAAUAGUUAUCAGGAGCAUUUGAGGAAUACCAUAGACAACUCUCAGACUCAGACUAACGUGAAACAUUUCCCCAAGAAUGUUAAACCACAAAAUUGCUUUGUACCUACUGUCGAUUAUUGGAGUAGCGAUUAUAACACAAACACAAGUAACAUUAAGCAUAAUUAUGUAAAAGGUACGAAAGAUGUUAGGUCUGUCGUAACAAAAGGGUCAAAUUUACAUGCUACGGCCCAAGAAUUUAUACCAAGUAAUUCUAAAGUAAUCAAUAAGAAAGAAGAAUUGCAACAUAUGGAUGUUAUUUCUUCGAAUAACCACAUGGAUUGUUGUACCAAAGACGCAAAGGUUACAGGAAAAGCACCAAAUGUUGAUAAGUAUCCUAUCGAUAAUUUAAAUAAAUGUGAACAAAAGCAUGAGAGUAAAAAGAAUAUAAAUUAUAAGGUUAAAGAGGGGCAACAAGAUCAAUUUUACAAAAAAAAUCGGUAUACAAGCUCUUAUCAUCAGAGAGGCAGAAGUUCUUAUAAAUUUCAGGGUAAUAAAUAUUAUACUAAUAAGCAUUACUCUGAUAAAUUGCAACCGGAUACACAAGAUUUAGUAAAUUUAAACGAGGAAGAACCAUGCUCAAGCAUGAAUACAAAUUUGUAUAAAAGUAGAAAAUCAUCAACUGAGAAUAAAGAUAGAAGAAGUGUUGUUACCAAAGACAAUAACUUACAGUCUAAUGGCAUAAAGCAGUCUAAUAAUCAAGAUAAAGAAUUUACUUAUUACGAUUCAGGAUCAAAGCCAUUAUAUACUUACCAUAAAAAUACAAGAAAAUAUCCGUACAAUGCUAGAUAUAACAAGGAAGAUUAUAGUUAUAGAGAAAGAAGACACAAUUAUCAGGGGUACAAUGAAAGUUGGCAGAAUUAUGGCUCAGAAGAUAAACAGGAUAGAAAUGAACACACGUGCAAUCGUAAAGAUUCUAAUGAAACUAGACAAGGUUUUAGCGAAGAGGCUACAGUAGGAAUAAAGGAAACUAAAGACAGAGGAUAUAAUUAUCAGGGACGUAAUGGGUUCAGAGAACCUAAGAAAGGAGAUAAAACUGAAACAUUCAAGGAGAAGGAUAGAAACAGAAGUAAUACGUUUGAUAAUAAAGAGAAGGCAAAUGAGAAUUGGAGGAAUAAAAGAGAAAUUAAUGAAAAGAAUAGUAUUCAGAAACGAGUACAAAAUAAAAAGAGCCCACUUGAUGACGAUGCAAGUCAAAGGGAAAGAUUGACCGAUCAGUUAAACAGGGGACAAUUAGAAUGUUUAGUAUGUUGCGAAUCUAUCAGACAGAAUGAUUACAUUUGGUCAUGUUCUAAUUGUUAUCAUGUUCUACAUUUGAAGUGUGUUAAAAAAUGGGCAAAAUCUUCGCAAGCAGAUAACGGUUGGAGAUGUCCAGCAUGUCAGAAUGUAAGCUUAACAAUACCUGACGAUUACUUCUGUUUUUGUGGAAAGACAAAAACCCCUGAAUGGAAUCGUAGAGACGUUGCACAUUCUUGCGGAGAAGUCUGCGGUAGAACGUUAUCGAAGAAUACUUGUCCCCACAAAUGUACUCUUCUGUGUCAUCCUGGAUCUUGUCCCCAAUGCGUAGCAAUGGUAACAAGGUAUUGCGGCUGUGGUAAAACAUCGCAAACAGUACAAUGUAGCACACACAAGUUAUUGUUGUGCGAUGCUACAUGCGAUAAGGAUCUAAAUUGCGGCACUCAUAAAUGUGAAAACAAAUGUCAUCACGGAGAAUGCCCAAGUUGCGAGAAGACAAUUGAACAAAAGUGUUAUUGCGGUAAAAACAAGAGGGAGAUAAUUUGUCAGAAUAAUGUUUCGCUUACGUAUUCUUGUGGAAAUAUUUGCGGUAAACUAUUAGACUGUGGUAAUCACACUUGCGCAAAGUUGUGUCAUCUGGAUGCCUGUGAACCUUGUAGUUUGAACCCGGAGAAAGUUACAACCUGUUGUUGUGGACAGACACCGUUGACAGAAGAAAGACAAACUUGUUUAGACCCAAUUCCAGUUUGCGAUAAAAUAUGUUCUAAAAAUCUGAAAUGUGGUCAACCUAAUAAUCCUCACACCUGCAAAGCCAAAUGUCACGAAGGAGAUUGCCCUGUUUGCGAUUUGACCACAGAUGUUAAGUGUCGUUGCGGAAACAUGGAUAGAGAAAUUGCUUGUAAAGACUUAGUAUCGAAAGCCGACGAUGCUCGAUGUGAAAAACGGUGCACAAAGAAAAGGUCUUGCGGCAAGCAUAAGUGUAAUCAGUUGUGCUGCAUAGAAGUAGAACAUAUUUGUCCUUUGAUGUGUUCUAAAACUUUAAGCUGUGGCAAACAUAAAUGUGAACAAACUUGUCAUAAAGGACGGUGUCAACCUUGUUGGCGUAGUAGCUUUGAAGAAUUAUAUUGCGAAUGUGGAGCUGCUGUAAUAUAUCCUCCGGUUCCUUGCGGUACUAGGAGACCUAUUUGCGACAGACCUUGUUCUCGUCAGCAUCCCUGUGGACACGAAGUGUUCCAUAAUUGCCACAAUGAGUCUACGUGUCCCCCUUGUACCGUUCUCACUCAGAGGUGGUGUCAUGGUAAACAUGAACUUCGUAAAGCUGUGCCGUGUUACGUCGAUGAAAUUUCAUGCGGUUUGCCAUGUAAUAAACCUAUUUCUUGCGGACGGCACAAGUGUAUCACUAUUUGUCAUCCUGGACCAUGCGAGAGACCUGGACAACAAUGUACUCAGCCGUGUACUACACCGAGAGAAAUGUGUGGACAUGUCUGCGCUGCCCCGUGUCACGACGGUAAAUGUCUAGAUACACCGUGCAAGGAAAUGGUAAAGGUAACAUGUCAAUGUGGGCAUAGAACAACGUCCCGUGCUUGUGCAGAAAAUUCUAAAGAAUAUCAAAGAAUAGCGAGUAGCAUACUAGCUAGUAAAAUGGCUGACAUGCAACUAGGUCAUUCAGUUAAUUUGGAGGAAGUGUUCGGUCAAGGAGCGAAAAAACAGAAUCAGUUGAAAACUUUGGAAUGUAACGACGAGUGCAGAUUAAUCGAACGAAAUAAAAGAUUAGCGUUAGGCUUGCAAAUUGUAAACCCGGAUUUAAGCGGAAAAUUAAUGCCUAGAUACAGCGAUUUCAUGAAACAAUGGGCUAAGAAAGAUCCACAUUUUUGUCAGAUGGUUCACGAGAAGCUGACUGAAUUGGUUCAACUAGCAAAGACUUCGAAACAGAAAUCACGUAGUUAUUCGUUUGAAAGUAUGAAUAAAGAUAAACGUCAUUUCAUUCACGAAUCUUGUGAGUAUUUUGGUUGCGAAAGUCAAGCGUACGAUCAAGAGCCUAAGAGAAACGUUGUUGCUACUGCUGUAAAGGACAAGUGCUGGUUGCCGAGCUACAGUUUAUUAGAAAUUGUACAACGAAAAAAUGGUCAGAGAAAAGUUCCAGGUCCGAUGUUGAACACUUCAAAAGUCGAUGGAUCCGUAAAGACGAUAUUAUCACUGCCCGCCAAAAAGAAUCAAAAAAUGGAAACACAGCCGAAUAUAAAGGUGCCAGAACCUGAAAUAGACUACUUUGAUUAUCAAGGUUAAAAUUAUUAUUGUACAUGUAGGAUUUGGGACACCGUGGUAGGCCUUAAUAUUAACAAGAGUUUAUUGAACUAAAUAAUUAACGAAUAAAACAAGUAUCUACCGUAUGUUCACCGAGGACUUGUUUAAACUACCGUAUUCUAUUCUCGUUUAUGCUCUGUUCGCUUAUCCUGUGAUACCGCCCUACCGCUCAACUUCCAUGCACUUAAAGUUCACCCCCAAUCGCUCUUUCUUUCUUCCAGAUGCAUCCCAUUCAUAGCUUAAAAACUAAGCACAACAGUAUAUCGUCCGUUGCAGCUAACCUGGCACUCUCGUCCGAGUGGUCAGAUUCGUAGGCGCACGCCAAUCGGGUCGCGCGACGAACACCGCGAAGAGUCGUUUCCGGACUCUCAAUUGGAUUUCUCGGAGCGACUGUAUCCGGCCCUAUGACGUCACGAGUGCCAAGUUCCCAGCAACGGACGGUAGGUAUUGUGUCGCAACCGGUGUCGACACACGCCACGUUGUGGAUGAUCGUCGCCUGUUACGCAACACGUGUUUACUCCCACAUACCUACGUGUAUCACGUGCAAUGUAAUGCGCAUGAUAUAUGUGAUUGUUAAUAUUAUAAUUUGGGAGAUUGGUGUUAGAUGUAAUUAAUGAAACUCUAGCUUAUAAGGAAAAGAAGAGGGGAAAUAGAAUGAUUGAAAAAGAAAGUAUCAUCAGAAUCAUGACAAGAAAGGUGUUUAUUGAUUUGCGACCGUUCACUGUUGUUUACAUAUUGUUUCUUUCGACAUCGGUUUUAUUAUCUGUUUAUUACCAGUUGAAUGUUCAUUAAAUGACAAUGUCGUAACGUGAGAAAACAAUAAACACACAUCCAUACAAUGCUGUAUUAUGAUAUUACAAUCAUUAUCUAGAUACAUAGUUGAUACUAACAACAAUACAUGUUUUGGAAAUGAAUAAUAGUAUACCGACGGAAAUGAAAUUUAAGCGAUUCCCAUAAAACUAUUAUUUUUGGGUAGGCUGAUGUUACUUUUAACUAAAACCCAAAAUUGUUUACAGUACGACGUGAUACUUAACAUAAUCAAAUAUGUCGACUUCUUAUUUUAUCGUAUUGCAAUUUCAGUAUUAUCAUCUGUAUAGUUUAAUUAUUAAUAAUUUGUAUUUAGGUGUACGAUCGCGCGUAGCGUAUUGCAUUACAUAAACAUUUUGAAAUAUAUAUCUUACAAAAUAAUGUUUUUGUAAAUUGUUUCAAAUUUUUUUACGAUAGUUGCACUGAACUUUAUAAGAAUAGCACAGGUAUUAUAAUAAUCGGAUUUUUGUCAAUAAAAAUAGUGAUUUAUUAUGCACCAUUUUGAACAGUAUGUAUCAGUUUCAUUUAAAUGAUACCAUUUGUUAUCGUAUGUACAUUUAGCUUGUAUAUAAAUAUUCAUUUAUAUGAAUAUAAGACUACUUCACGUGAGUCGAUUUUUAUAAACAUUUAAUGUAGGUAACACAAGUAUUUGGCACAUUGAACAUUGACGACAUAUUACAUACUAAGAGUUAUUGUAGUUUUAAAUAAACAAUUAACGAGAUCCUUCAUGCUUGCAUAAGUACUUGUAUACAUAGUUUCUCUUCUAGCUCUAUAGUUUACUUCAACACGAAACAAACUUGACAAAUAAUGGGAAAUUAUGGAAGAAAAUUAUUACUAAAAAUAUUAACAAAACAUAAAUUCAAGAUACACCUUAAUAACAAUUGCCCUAAAAGGAUUGAUGUAUACUCUCGAAAAGAAUAAAUGAACUACUGUAUCUUUGCAAUAAUAAAUAAUUC